CCUGCUUUUUUUAAUUGCAGGUGUUUGGACUUCGUCCCGACCGAUAACGAUUAUUUUCAUUUUGAACUUGGCGGGGUUUCCUCAAAACCCUAAACCCCUGCACCUCCUGCAACACUUUUUUUUUUUUUUUUUUUUCAUAUUAGGGUUUUACUACAUCCCUCUCAUGCAAAUCCUUGACAUGAAAGCCGUAAGGUCAUUCUGCACACACAAACACUUUUUCUUCUUAAACCCCACCAGAACCCUCAGGCCUUUCUCCCUGCAUCACCGUCAAUUCCAUCCCACCUCCCAUCGUUUCUGCGCCGGAGAGUCCGCUCUUGGUUCCCACUCCUCCAUAACCGACUCUGAUUCUGGCGAGACAAGGAAUGGUAAUGGUACUGAGAGUGCCCGUCAAGUUUGGAGUAUUUAUGGUUCAGUCUCGUCGAGCAUAAAUAAGGGCGAUGAGCAAGAAUUCAAGCCUGGAUUGUCAAAUUUCUCAACGGAAUUUGUGGGUACCGAUGUAGAGACGACUUAUGGGAGCGCAAGAAAGGGAAAUUUGAGUGAAGGGGACAGUGUUCAUUUGGACUUGGAGAGUUCUGACGAAGAAAUAAACAAUUUAUCGAAGGAAAACAUUUAUAGCGGUUUGAAGACAGAGAAAUUGAGUGAUAGAGACAAAAUCCGGAUGGGGUUAGUGCAUUAUAGUCAUGAAAAUGAGGAUUUUCUGAACGAAAAGAGGUAUGGGGGUUUGAAGAAGACCGAUUUGCUCAAGGAAGUGGGAGCUGGGAAGAUAGUUGGGAGUAGAAAGAAGGGAAAGAGUAAAAUUAUUUAUGUUUGCGAGAAUUGUGGGUAUGAAGAUGGGCAAUGGUGGGGAAUCUGUCGAGAAUGUCGCCUGGCAGGAACAAUGAAGCAGUUUAUAGAAAGGGAUGUUGGGAGUGCGGGUAAAGUAAGUGGGAUGGGGGUUUCUGAAAAUGCAGUGCGGUCUUGGCUACCACAGAAAGUUGGUGACGCACAACCGUUGAAGUUGAAAGAUGUGAACCAGAAGAUGGAUCAGUUGAAUUGGAGGAUUCCUUUGCCUGGACUCUUUGGAAGUGAAGUUGCUAGGGUACUUGGUGGUGGUCUUGUUCCAGGUUCUUUGAUUUUGGUUGGUGGUGAUCCUGGGGUUGGCAAGAGCACCCUAUUAUUGCAGAUUGCUGCAAUAAUUGCUGAAGGACAAGACAUAGGCAAACAAACUCCAGUUGUGUAUGUCUCUGGAGAAGAGAGUAUUGAGCAAAUUGUUAACAGGGCCGACCGCAUAAGGAUUGGAGUGGAGGAAAUAUUUUUGUAUUCAAGUACUGAUAUUGAGGACAUAUUAGGGAAAAUUCAGCCUCUAUUCCCCCGUGCUCUAAUUAUUGAUUCAAUUCAAACAGUUUAUAUACAAGGAGUCACUGGAAGUGCUGGAGGAUUGUCUCAGGUUAAGGAAUGCACAUCAGCUUUGCUGCGUUUUGCCAAGAAGACAAAAAUACCAGUUCUUUUGAUUGGACACGUGACCAAAUCUGGAGAUAUAGCAGGGCCUCGGGUCUUGGAGCACAUCGUUGAUGUUGUUUUAUAUUUGGAAGGUGAGAAGCAUUCAACUCAUCGCUUACUUCGGCCUGUGAAGAAUCGCUUUGGAUCCACUGAUGAGCUUGGAGUAUUUGAAAUGUCACAAUCAGGUCUGCAAGCUGUUUCAAAUCCAAGUGAGAUAUUCUUAAGUGAGCAGUACUUGGGUUCAGAGAUUUUAGUUGGGCUAGCUGUUGCAGUAAUAAUGGAUGGAUCUCGAAGUUUCCUUCUUGAAAUUCAGGCUUUAUGUGCCACUGGUUCAUCAGUUUCAAGGCAUGUUAAUGGGGUACAAGCUAGCAGAGCUGACAUGAUUAUAUCAGUUCUUAAGAAGCAAGCUGGUUUAAUGCUCCAAGAGAACAGUAUCUUUUUAAAUGUUGUUAGUGGAGUGACAUUGACUGAGACUGCUGGAGAUCUUGCAAUAGCAGCUGCAAUUUGCAGUAGUUUCUUGGAGUUCCCUAUUCCCAAUAACGUUGCAUUUAUUGGAGAAAUUGGCCUUGGUGGUGAGCUACGCACGGUACCUAGAAUGGAGAAAAGAGUAAAUACAGUGGCCAAACUGGGAUACAAAAUGUGUAUUGUUCCCAAAUCAGCUGAAAAAUAUCUAUCAACUGUAGGUUUUGAGGGGCUAAAAGUCAUCGGCUGUUCUAAUCUGAGACAAGUCAUUGACACUGUUUUCACGAGACAAAAUUGAAGUUGGGAGUAUUUUGCAAGAUGGACAGGGAACAGGACAUUCUAAUGCCUUGUAUAUAUGAUUUUGUUUAUCAUCCGUCAUCUGAAAAAGCGAAUCAAGUAUUUGCCCUUUGAUGUAGAUCUAGUAGCUUUUCCCGUUGCUGGUGUUCCCCUGUGGUAUAUGAUUCAGGGAGACUAGCGUUGCAAUUUUCAUUUGUAAUUUUCUUCAGAAAGGCAUGAAAGAGGGCAAUCAGGCAUGUUAAAAUACAAGAUCGAGAUGGUCUUAGAGAUCAUACAAGUGUUCGUCUGAUGUAAUUUAUUUGAGUUACUUGCGUACUGAUAAUAGAAAUCUUAUAUAAAUUAUGUAAAUUUCAUUGAUAA